AUGUCUCACCAAGAAGUAAACUCAAAUGUCCAUGACCCGAAAUUCCGAGAAGCCAAGCAGCCACAAGGAGGGUCGUCAGUUGCAGUCGCGGACUUAUUCCGACUUGAUGGGAGAACGAUCAUAGUGACCGGAGCAGCCGGCUUCAUGGGGACAACAUUGACCGCAGCCAUCCUCGAAAGUGGCGCAGAUGUCGUCUGCCUUGAUGUCAUGAGCUCACCAAAGCAGGAAGAAUGGGAAAGCAUCGAAGCAGCUGCAAAGAAGUAUUCGAAACAUGUCUCAUACGUGCAGUGCGACCAGCGGAGCGAUGACUCGGUCAAGGCGGCUUUUGACAAGAUAGUCCCAAGCCUCAGGUAUCCCAUCCGCGGUCUCGCAGCAUGCGCAGGCGUAUCAGACAAUGGGCCCGCGACAGAGUUUCCUUCUCAAUCAUUCACCCGACUGCUCGAUAUUAACGUAACGGGGACAUUCAGAGUUGCGCAACGUGUUGCAAAAGAGACAAUCAAAGAGAAUGUCACGGCUAGUCUGGUACUAGUGGCCAGUAUGAGCGGAUAUGUCUCCAACAGAGGCGUUGAUACUGCCGGGUAUAACUCGUCAAAGGCAGCAGUACACCAGCUUGCUCGUUCCCUGGCUGCUGAGUGGGGUUCCCGUGUUGGAAUACCUUUGAUUCGCGUGAACUCGCUUUCGCCGGGGUAUAUUCGUACCGCAGCUACCGCUGAGGCGUUGCAGAAGCCCGGUAUGGAAACGCAGUGGGUUGGUGAUAAUAUGCUAUAUAGGCUUAGUACCCCUGAUGAGUUCCGCGCGCCUGUUUUGUUCUUAUUGGGUGAUGGGAGUAGUUUUAUGACUGGGUCUGAUUUGAGAGUUGAUGGUGGACAUUGCUCAUGGUAA